UUGUUAUGUCUUCCUUUAUGGAUGAUGAAGAGAUCACUCAGGAAGAUGCUUGGACUGUAAUUUCUUCAUACUUUGAAGAAAAGGGUCUCGUGAGACAACAACUAGACUCUUUUGAUGAGUUUGUUACUAAUACCAUGCAAGAAAUUGUGGACUCUCAACCAGACCUCGUGUUAACUGCUGAGCCGCAAUAUUUACCUGGUCAACGUUCGGAAGACUUGGAUAAACGAUAUGUGGUAUCUUUUGGACAGUUGAGUUUGUCAAAACCAACUUUUACAGAAGACACAGGUGAAACGAGACCUUUAUAUCCUAAUCAAGCAAGACUUCGAAACCUUACCUAUAGUUCCGCUUUAUAUUGUGACGUUACUGUAACUGAAGUCAAUUUAGAAAGUGGCAAAGAAGAAACUUCACAACAUCCCCCUAUUCGAGUUUUCUUGGGAAGAAUUCCUAUUAUGCUCAAGUCACAGUUUUGUCACUUGUAUAAUUUAGAGCCUUGGGACUUGGCAGAAUUGGGAGAGUGUCCAUAUGAUCAAGGAGGUUAUUUUGUGAUUAAUGGAAGCGAAAAAGUGAUUAUUGCACAGGAAAGGAUGACUUCUAACCAUGUUUUUGUAUUUAAGCGCUCGCAACCUUCGAAAUAUUCUUACGUAGCAGAGUGUCGUUCAGCUCCAGAUUCUGGAAAUAGGCCACCUUCUUUGCUCCAAGUUAAACUUCUUAGAGGUGGAGCAAAGGGUAUUUCUGGUCAAUAUAUUCGAGUAUCGAUGCCAUAUAUCAAACAAGAUAUUCCCGUUAUUAUCGUUUUUCGUGCCUUGGGAUUUGAGAAUGAUCGAGAAAUAAUGAGUCAUAUUUGUUAUAACUUUCAAGAUGAAGAACUCAUGACAUUUUUAAUGCCUUCGAUUGAGGAGGCUGCAGUAAUUCAGGAUCAUUUAGUUGCUUUAGACUAUAUCGGGAAGAGAGGAAAUACUAUUGCUGUGACUAAAGACAAGAGGAUACAAUAUGCUCGGGAAGUUUUACAAAAGGAGUUUUUGCCACAUAUUGGAAUUGGCGAAGGCUGUGAAUUGAAAAAAGGAUACUUCUUGGGUUACGUAAUUAAUCGUUUGCUUUCCACUGCACUUGGCAGAAGAGAAGUAGAUGAUAGGGAUCAUUAUGGAAACAAACGUUUGGAUCUAGCUGGACCUCUAUUAGGAGAAAUGUUUCGUCAUCAUUUGAGAAGAGUAUUGAAGGAAACCAGAAGUAUUCUUCAACGCAAUCUUGAUACUGGAAAAGGUUUAAACCUUCAAGGAGCAGUCAAGUCUCGUACCAUAACGAAUGGCUUAAAGAAUGCUUUGGCUACUGGUAAUUGGAUACGUGGAAGAACGGGUGUCUCUCAAGUUUUAAAUCGGCUCACUUAUGCUUCAACUCUUUCACAUUUACGUAGACUAAACUCACCCAUUGGUCGUGAGGGUAAACUUGCGAAACCACGACAAUUACAUAAUACUCAUUGGGGAAUGAUUUGUCCAGCUGAAACACCCGAAGGUCAAGCAUGUGGUUUGACCAAAAAUUUGGCAUUGAUGGCUUAUAUUUCUGUCGGUACUCCUUCUGCGCCAGUGAUUGAAUUCUUAGAAGAAUGGAGUAUGGAAAAUUUGUUGGAAAUAUCUCCUUCAGUAGUUCCACUGGCUACAAAGGUUUUUGUCAAUGGUGCUUGGGUUGGUAUUCAUCGUGAACCAGAGGACCUUGUUCGAACAUUGAAAGAACUUCGUCGACAAGGAACGAUCAAGGAAGAAGUGAGUAUCGUCAUGGACCAUCAGUUCAAGGAGCUUCGAAUAUAUACGGAUCCUGGUCGUGUUUGUCGACCCUUAUUUAUUGUCAAUCCACCACCCCCUCCCAUAUCUUUUGAAGAUGCUAAUGAAGAUACUAAUGUAUUUGGUCAACGUCCACCACAAACUUUAGCCAUUAAGAAGUCACAUAUUGACAUGUUGAAAAGGACAGACGGAGAUCGUUGUAGUUUUUCUUUCCUAGUAGAGAAUGGUCUUAUAGAGUAUGUCGAUGUAAACGAAGAAGAGACAACUAUGAUUGCGAUGAAUAUAAAAGAUUUGAUUGAAACCGACUCUGAAGUAGUUUAUACACAUUGUGAAAUUCAUCCAUCGAUGAUAUUAGGCGUUUGUGGUUCCAUUAUUCCAUUUCCUGAUCAUAAUCAAAGUCCGCGGAAUACUUAUCAAGCAGCCAUGGGAAAACAAGCAAUGGGUAUUUAUGCAACCAAUUAUCAGUUACGAAUGGAUACAAUGGCACACGUGUUAUAUUAUCCACAAAAGCCAUUAGUUACUACACGUGCAAUGGAACAUUUACAGUUUCGUUCGCUUCCCGCAGGUAUCAAUGCCAUUGUGGCAAUUGCAUGUUACUCUGGAUUUAAUCAAGAAGAUUCCGUUAUUUUGAGUCAAAGUGCUGUUGAUCGAGGUUUAUUUCGUUCGUUGUUUUUCCGAACGUUUCGUGAUGAAGAGCGUCGAAGACUAGGAGGUGCUCAAGAAACCUUUGAAGUUCCCAAUCCAAAGGAAUGUAUUGGAACCAAACGAGGUGCAUAUGACAAGUUGGAAGAAGAUGGUUUGGUAGCAGAAGGGACUCGAGUAUCAGGAGAUGAUAUUUUGGUGGGUAAGACAUGCCCACUUGGAAGAAUGGCAGCCAAUGGAGAAGAAGAUGAAACGUGGAAGGCGUAUUCUCAGACAUUAGGAGGCAAAACCAAAAAGGAUGCAUCUACCAGUAUGCGAAGUACUGAAACGGGUGUAGUAGAUAAAGUCAUGUUGGCUGCCAAUGAAGCAGGCGCUCGUUUUGUUAAAGUCCGCAUUCGUUCGGUUCGUGUACCACAAGUUGGAGAUAAAUUUUCCAGUCGUCAUGGCCAGAAAGGAACUGUGGGUAUUACUUAUGGUCAAGAAGAUUUACCUUUUAAUGUGGAUGGUAUUGUUCCUGACAUUAUUAUCAAUCCACAUGCUAUUCCAAGUCGGAUGACAAUAGGUCAGUUGAUUGAGUGUCUUCAAGGAAAAGUUUCUGCCAUUGCUGGAAGAGAAGGAGAUGCAACUCCCUUUACUUGGGUUACUGUGGAUGAAAUAUCUCAACAGUUGAAAACAUUGGGUUAUCAGAGUCGUGGAUGGGAACUGAUGUACAAUGGUUUUACAGGUCGACCUUUGGAAGCACAUAUAUUUAUUGGUCCUACUUAUUACCAACGACUCAAGCAUAUGGUUGACGAUAAAAUACAUUCACGUGCUCGUGGUCCUGUUCAAAUACUUACGAGACAACCAGUCGAAGGAAGAGCUAGAGAAGGUGGACUCCGUUUUGGAGAAAUGGAAAGAGAUUGUAUGAUUUCUCAUGGAGCAGCGUUCUUUUUGAAAGAGCGUUUGAUGGAUGAAUCGGAUGCUUAUCGAAUCCAUGUUUGCAAUCUUUGCGGACUGAUAGCUAUCGCUGAUUUGAAGAGGAAUACUUUUGAAUGUCGCAGUUGUCGUAACAAAACGGAAAUAUCUCAAGUAUUCAUUCCUUAUGCCUGUAAACUGCUGUUUCAGGAACUUAUGGCGAUGGGUAUUGCACCAAGAAUUGUAACUGCAGAUGAAUAAGUCAAUCCAAUUCAUCCCAAAAGUCAUUUUCUUCUUCUGGAUCGAUCCAACGAGAAAUACGUGGUUCUGAAAAUAGAGUUGGCAUAGGUUUGCCUUGUCCAUAUAUUUCACCAGGUGCUUUACCCCAAUUAGUAAGUUGAGGGCUCGUUUGGUGCAUAGCAUCCAAUAAAACAUAACAAUUGUUGUUUGGAUAUGGAGGUAAUAUACACGGAGAACGCAUAGAUUGCAAACGUGAAAAGGGAAUAAUACCUUUCACUAGAAACUGAAACGCUCCAUAGAAAUACAAAGUGCAUACCUUUGGAAAAUCCAAAGAUAACAGUACUUCAGGUUUCAAAUGAAUAUCUCUUUCAAUAUAUUCUGUUGGUGGUCCGCCAUCCACAUACCAACCACUAGGAACAUCUAAAGAAACCACGGGAACUUUGGACUUGCUCAAUACAGAAAUAGCUCUAUCGAAAGGUUCACGUGGAAACAAGCCUUGUUGUCCAACACCAAAAAUAGCAUCAACCACAAAGUCAGCAUAAUAUUCCAUAGUAGACGGAAUAAAAUCCAAUAUAGAAACCUGAUUCUGA